AAAUUAAUCUGAAGUACCCUUACUUUGCCUUGGUGAUUAUAAACGUGUCCUGUUUUCUUCCUACCCUCCUCCUCCCAGCCAGUUCCCAGCCAGCACACAUAGUGCGCAUGCUUGCAUACCAUGAUGGCGCUGUCUGGCUGGGGCAAAUCGCUCAGACUUUCAGUGCAGCCCGGUAUCGGAGGUGGAACGACCGUGGAGAAGAUAGGACAAAAGGAUAAAAAAAAGCAGCACAAUUAGAUCUAAUCCAGCCAUUAAAAACCACACGAAAGCUUUGUUUGGCAACAGUCGUCGGUUUCAGUGCUCCAGCUUCAGACAUUGCGGGUUCCGGUGCUGUCAAUGAAUGAACAUUCCAGCCAUGAUGUCCGAGCAGCCUCCCUGCCUGGAAGCUACAGCUCUGCUGAAUGAAGUGGCGCUACUACCUCACAUGCCCAGUGGGGACAGCGUGCAGCAGGUAAUCCUGGUACAGGUAAACCCUGGAGAAACAUUUACCAUUCGGACAGAAGAUGGGCACAUCCAGUGCAUUCAAGGUCCUGCUCACGUGCCUAUGAUGUCGCCAAAUGGCUCCAUGCCGCCUAUCUUCGUGCCUCCUGGUUACAUGUCACAGGUGGUCGAGGAGAAUGGCGUCCGGAAGGUGGUUGUGUUGCCCCACUCGGCAGAAUUCCACCCGUCAAUGGCGCCCCCUCCACCCCACGUUCCCCACUACAUGCACCACCACCCCCCCAUGCUGCACCACCACCACGUCUACCCCCCUGUGCCGGGGAGUGGAGAGCUCCCACCUCAUUUCAUCCACCAGCACCCCCCACCACACAUCUACACAGAGCAGGAAGCGCUGGCCCACGGCAGAAACAGUCUGAUCCACCAGGACGAAAGGGCCAUGAAGAUGCAGGAGCACCUACGCAAGAGGCUGAAAGACAGACAGCUUGGGGUCCCCAACAACAAGCUGAACAGCCCGCCCCCGUCCCCCCACAGGAGCUAUUCCCCCGGGGUGCAGAACGGCUACGGGAAGGGGCACCUGGUGUCUGCCAUGCCCACUGGACCCAUCAAGCCCAAACACGCCGGAAAGAUGAGAAGCACCCCCCCUGCUGAGGGCCAGACCCCAGAUUCAGAGACAGACGUGAACAGGAUUCUGGAGCUACUGUCCAAUGUUGCUAAACCAACAGUGUCUGAAAUCCAGGCCAGGUCUGCUGUGCUCUCCUGGAAUCUCCCCCUGACCCCACAUAACGGUGAGAAGAACGGGGACCACACUGCCCCCUCCUUGUGCUACGAGAUCACUGUCUCCAACAACGGCAGGAACGGUGUCUUCAAAUCUGUCUACCUGGGAGAAGAAACUACCUUUACACUCCCUGAUCUGAAGCCAGCUACAGACUACCACGUCAGGGUGUCCGUGACGUGCAGCUCGGUCAAAGGCCCCGUUUCGGAAGCAGCCAGCUUUACAACAGAGUGCAGUGAGCCUGACCCCCCUGCUCCUCCCAAACUCCUCCACAGGACCAAGAACUCCAUCGUCCUGCAGUGGAAGGCGCCAAAUGACAAUGGCUCUAAAGUCACCAACUUUCUUUUGGAAUAUGAUGAGGGCAAGCAGAGGGUCUUUAAGGAAUGUUACUAUGGACAUGCAAAACAGUACAAAGUCAUCAGAUUGUCUCCUUCCACAAAAUAUGCCUUUAGAAUAGCUGCUGAAAAUGAUAUGGGAAUGAGUGCUUUCAGUGAAGUGGUGAUAUAUCACACCGCAGGCAGCACCCCCCCUGCGCCAGCCCCCCCUCGGCUGGCAAGGGUGGGGGUCACCUGGCUGACCCUGGAGUGGAGCUCGCCCAGCGGGGCCUCGGGAGAGGAGACCCUCACCUACAUCCUGGAGAUGGAGGAGGAGAGCUUGGGCUAUGGCUUCAAACCAAAACACAAUGGGGAGGAACUCUCAUGCACUUUAAAGAAUCUCCACAGAAGCACCUCCUACAAGUUUAGGGUCUUCGCCUGCAACAUAGAGGGCCGGAGCAGCCCCAGUGAGGUGGUGGAGUACAGCACCAGCCCAGACAAACCAGGGGCCCCGGGUAAGCCCAGCAUCAAGGGGAGGAGCCACACACGCUGCCUGAAGAUUGUCUGGGAUCCCCCGAAGGACAAUGGAGGAGCAGAGGUUACGAAGUAUGUUUUAGAAAUGUCAGAAAGUUUGAAUGGUAGUAAAUGGGACAUGGCGUACAGUGGCUCUGCAAGAGAAUGUCUUUGUGAUAAUCUCAGCCCUGGGAGCUGGUACAGGCUGCGGGUUUACUGCGUCAGCUGUGGGGGGCAGAGUCAGGUCUCCGAGGUGUUCUCGGUUCAGACGGCUGCUGUUGCUCCUGGACCGUGCCAACCACCGCACUUGGCGGGGAGACCCAAGCCUCGGGAGAUUCCACUGCGAUGGGCUAGCCCUGCUAUGGACGGAGGCGCUCCAGUUAUAGAGUACACCGUGGAGAUGUCGGAGACGGACCAGGCCAGCCGCAGGCAGCUGUACCAGGGCCCCGAGACAGACUGCACUGCCAGCAACCUGCUGCCCGGCCAGACCUACUGCUUUUGGGUGAAAGCUGCCAACCAAGCUGGGUAUGGCCCUUUCUCUGACACUUGGGAGGCCUCCACAGCACCGGGGUCGCCUGAACAGUGUAGGGCCCCACAGCUGUCAGUCCAGGCAGCCACGUGUGUGCUAGUGAGCUGGGAGAGUCCCGCCUGUAAUGGUGCAGAGGUCAUUGAGUACAGGCUAGAGUGGGGAGGCACAAAGGGCUGCAUGCAGCUGGUGUACUCUGGACCUGCUCUUUCCUACGAAGUCAAAGGCCUUGUUCCAUCAACAACAUACUACUGCAGGGUGCAGGCAUUGAAUAUAGCAGGGGCGGGCCUCUUCGGAGAGGUCGCUAUGGUAACGACCCCAGCAGCAGUCCCGGCAGCAGUAUCGGUUUUAGAAGUCCUUGAGGAAGACUCUCUUCCUGAUCCCCUCCCCUCCCUGUCCACCUGCCUUGCAGUCCAGUGGCAGGAACCCUGUUGCCAUGGUGCUGACAUCAUUGGCUACAAUGUCGACUUUGGGGAACGGCAACCCCUGUCUGUGGGAAGGAGCACCAGCUGUGUGCUGAAGAAUCUGCAGCCAGACACCACGUACAGGAUCCGAGUGCAGGCGGUGAAUGGGGUGGGUGCGGGACCCUUCAGCCACUCUCUCAAAACCAAAACGAAACCACUACCUCCGGAUCCCCCACACCUGGAAUGUGCCGUCUUCGGACACCAGAGCCUUAAACUGAAGUGGGGGGAGGGCCCCAGCAAGAACCAGCUCACCAGCUCAACACAGUACUGCCUGCAAAUAGAGGACAAGAACGGCAGAUUUGUCUGCAUUUACAGCGGCCCCUGCCACACCUACAAGGUCCAGCGGCUUAGCGAGUCCACUGCCUUUCACUUCCGGAUCCAAGCACACAACGAUGCUGGGGAGGGCCCCUUCUCUCACGUUUACACCUUCACCACCACCAAAUCCCCUCCUGCCCAGCUCAAAGCUCCCAAAGUUCAGCAGCAGGAGGAUAACCUCUAUGAGGUCACAUGGGAGCCCCUUCAGCCAAUGAGAGGAGACUCCGUUGUUUACACACUCCACCGCAUCAGCGGGAGAGACAUAGAGCAGGUAUAUAAGGGACCAGAGACGUCAUUCCUCUUCAGAAACGUUCAGCUGAGCUGCGAGUAUCGCUUCCGUGUGUGUGCAGGCAGGCAGUACCAGGACAGUGGCGUUACCCAGGAGCUGUGGGGACCAUACAGCCCCAGCGUAGCCUUCACAGUCCAGCGGCAGGAGCACGACCCCAUGGUGGCUACGGAACCAGCAGGUGGGGAGCAGGCUGUGGCCCGAGGGAGCACCAUGACCGACGAACAAUUAACCCUGCUCCUGUUAGUGGGCUUUGCAGUGGUAGCCAUCCUUUUCGCUGUUGUCAUCCAGUACUUUGUUAUCAAGUAGACCAGCAGGGGGAGGAGCUGUUGCGGGAGGAGUGGUGGAUUUUGCAUCGUACCCCAAGCCUGCUAUCGAUUUUUUGGGGGGAUUUCUCCAGUUCAAGGGACAGUCGACAAUGCCAGUUUUUCCUUUUUCUACCGCUCCUGCUUCUAUCUAACGAGGGUCUGCAGAACCCAUGUGAUUCAGUAAUAUUACCGUUAUUUACUAUUAUAU